GUCAUCCAUUUCUCAAGGCACAGUCCAGUUGUCCGUUUUCGUCUCCCUGUCUUUCUCUUUUGUUUCAAACGUCUUCUAGUGUUGUGGAACAGUCCCUCUGACCUACCUUUGUUAGUCGUGCAUUAUCCUUUCCAGUCAUUGUUACUCUUUCUCUGAACUACUAAUCAGUCUGUAGUGGCUACAACGUUCUCUCAGUGAAUAACAAGUUAGUUCAGCACAACGCUCUCUCAGUGAGUAACAAGUUCAGCAUAACGCUCUCCUUCUCCAAACGACCUACUUACUCCAGUCAGCCCACCCAGCCAACGUUUGAAGAAGAUCUUAAAAGGAACGGACAACUCACUCAACAUGUCCAGACAAGAAGUAGCAGGGUUUGCUCGGGAGGUACGGCGACGGGGUGCCACACUGGAAAGUCUUCAGUCUGCUGUGCCUCCUGAGCAGCCGCAAUUGUCCUCCACAUCACGUAAAGUGACAUGGACAUCACCAUACUCAUCAUCACCAUCAUCAUCAACAUCAUCACCAUACUCAUACUGGACACACUGCUACUCAAUGGGAACAAUGCUCCUUUGUGUGAUCUGCUUGGAGGGUCAGCAUCUUCGUGAUGAAAUCCUCUACACUAUUGUACACUACAUAUUUAGUGUACAUAGUGUAGAGAUGGAUGAGCAAGACGAAACUCACAACAACUGGACACUACUGCACCACUGUGCAGUGUGUGGAAAUGAUCGACUAGCAAAUAUUCUCAUCGGACGUGGAGCUGAUGUCAAUGCGCAGAACAGCUUGCGAUGGACUCCACUUCACUGGGCAGUCUUCAAUAACAACAUCAACGUUGUCAAGGUGAUGCUGUCACAUGACAGUGACGGUGUCACCUUGGAUACCACACUGCGUGACAGUGAAGGGAGAACAGCGUUGGACCUAGCCAGGCAAAGAAAGCAUGAGGGAUGUGUGCAGUUGCUGGUGGAUCACGAGAGUGCGAAGGUAUGUACAGUAGACUUGACUGUGAGUGACUGAAUUUAGAUGUACUGUGUGUCUACAGUAAACAUUACAGCGUGUCGUACAUUUGAUUGGUUGAACUAUGCAGUGACUAGGUGUCACGUGAGUCACGUGAGGUGCACCUACCACCAUCAUGUCCUACAUUUGUACAGCUGUCCAUGAGAUCAAGAGUACAUAAACACGAGAGAGUGUAACUCCGCUUGGUCUGGCCAUGGCGGAAUGUUUCGUUUUGUUGACUUUUCUGGAGAUGAUGAGUCAUACCGUACGGGGCAUGUACUACGAGUCUGUGGGCGCGUGAGCUUGUACAGUUUUCAUUAGGGGUUGUCGCAAAAGUUUUUUUGUCGUCUCUGA